AUGAACGCCAGCGGCCCCGGCUACCCUCUCGCGUCCCUCUAUGUGGGCGACCUGCACCCCGACGUGACGGAGGCCAUGCUGUACGAGAAGUUCUCGGCCGCCGGGCCCAUCAUGUCCAUCCGCGUCUGCCGCGACGUGGCCACGCGCCGCUCUCUGGGCUAUGCCUACAUCAACUUCCAGCAGCCUGCAGACGCUGAACGGGCUCUGGACACCAUGAACUUUGAGGUGAUCAAAGGUAGGCCCAUCCGUAUCAUGUGGUCGCAGCGGGACCCCGGGCUCCGGAAAUCUGGCAUUGGCAACAUCUUCAUCAAGAACCUGGAUGACUCCAUUGACAACAAGGCCUUGUACGACACCUUCUCCACCUUUGGGAACAUCCUCUCUUGCAAGGUGGUAUGUGAUGAGAAUGGCUCCCGGGGAUUUGGCUUUGUCCACUUUGAGACUCACGAGGCUGCAAACCAAGCCAUCAACACCAUGAAUGGAAUGCUGCUUAAUGACCGGAAAGUCUUCGUGGGCCACUUCAAGUCUCGGCAGGAACGGGAGGCAGAGCUGGGGGCGCGAGCGCUGGAGUUCACCAACAUCUACGUCAAGAACUUCGAGGGAGACGUGGAUGAUGAGUACCUGCAGGAGCUCUUCUCCCAGUUCGGAAAGACUCUGAGUGUGAAGGUGAUGGUCGAUGAGAAUGGCCAGUCCCGAGGCUUUGGCUUUGUCAACUUUGAGAAGCACGAGGAAGCCCAGAAGGCUGUGAGUCACAUGAAUGGGAAAGAGCUCAGGGGUCGGGUUCUGUACGUUGGACGGGCGCAGAAGAGGUCAGAGAGGCAGAGUGAGCUGAAGCGGAGAUUUGAGCAGCUGAAGCAGGAGAGAGUGAACCGCUACCAGGGCGUGAACCUCUAUGUGAAGAACCUGGAUGAUGUCAUUGAUGAUGAGAAGCUGCGGAAGGAAUUCUCGCCCUAUGGCGUCAUCACCAGUGCCAAAGUGAUGACAGAGGGUGGCCACAGCAAGGGGUUUGGCUUUGUGUGUUUUUCCUCCCCAGAAGAGGCUACGAAGGCCGUGACAGAGAUGAAUGGGCGAAUUGUCAGCACCAAGCCCCUUUACGUGGCCCUGGCCCAACGCAAGGAAGAGCGGAAGGCCAUCCUCACCAGCCAGUACAUGCAGCGCCUCUCCACCCUCCGGGGCUUAAAUGGCCCCCUCUUUCCCCAACCCACCAAUUAUUUCCUGCCUGCCAUUCCCCAGGUGACUGCGAUCUUCCAGCCUCCUGCCCGGGCGACCUUCUACAGUCCUGGCACCGUGGCCCCUGUGCGGCCGGCCCCCCGGUGGACCAGCUAUUCUCCGAGGUCUUCAUCCACCCCCAGGCGCUCCAUCUCCAAUAUCAGUACCGUCCGGCAGGCCUCUACUCAGGUGCCCCGGGCAGGGCCCCACACACAGAGAGUGGCCAAUAUCGGGACCCAGACUAUGGGAACUGGAUGUCCAGGCUCCCCAGGCCGAGCUGUCACUCAAUACAAGUAUUCCUCAGCUGUACGUAAUACACAUCAGGUCAUGGAGCCAGCAGUGCAUAUCCAAGGGCAGGAGCCCUUAACUGCAUCCAUGUUGGCCUCAGCCCCAGCGCAGGAACAGAAGCAGAUGCUUGGUGACAGACUGUACCCACUCAUCUAUGGGAUACAUGCACAGUUGGCUGGCAAGAUCACCGGCAUGCUGCUGGAGAUCGACAACUCUGAGCUGCUGCUGCUGCUCGAGUCUCCAGAGUCUCUUCACUCCAAGAUUGAAGAAGCCAUUGCUGCCCUUCAAGCACAAGAGGUCAUGGAGCUGCCCAAGGCAUAUUGA